GCACCACGUCCCUCGUCUUCGCCUUUCUUUAUAAACUUCAAACGCCACUUCCCCAAAAUCACUACAUACUCAAAACUCUCUCUCUUUCGAAGAUAUCGAUCUCUUCUUCGAUAGAUAUAGUAGUAGCAGUUGAAAUCCAUCAAUGGCAACCCCGAAAUUAGAGCGGAUACCCAGUAUGAGGGAGAGGGUCGAAGACACCCUCUGUGCUCACCGCAACGAACUUGUCGCUCUCCUCUCCAGGUAUGUGGCUCAGGGGAAGGGGAUACUACAGCCCCAUAACUUGAUCGACGAGCUUGACAAUAUCAUUGGCGAUGAAAUCUCAAGGCAAAAGCUCACUGAUAGCCCCUUUAGCGAAAUCUUAAAAUCCGCCCAGGAAGCCAUAGUCCUGCCUCCAUUUGUGGCUAUCGCAGUUCGUCCUAGGCCUGGUGUUUGGGAAUAUGUGCGUGUUAAUGUAUAUGAACUCAGUGUGGAUCAGUUGACCGUUUCUGAGUAUCUUCGCUUCAAAGAAGAACUUGUAGAUGGGCAGGUGAAUGACAAUUACGUGCUCGAGCUUGAUUUUGAGCCGUUUACUGCAUCAUUUCCUUUCCCAACCCGGUCUUCAUCCAUUGGCAAUGGUGUUCAAUUCCUCAACCGUCACCUCUCUUCGAUCAUGUUCCGCAACAGAGAUUCUUUGGAGCCAUUGCUUGAUUUUCUUCGAGCCCACAAACAUAAAGGGCAUGUGAUGAUGCUGAGCGAUCGGAUACAAAGCAUAUCUAGACUUCAGACUUCUUUGGUUAAGGCAGAGGAUUAUCUUCUUAAGCUACCACCAGAUACACUCUAUUCUGAGUUUGAAUAUAGUUUGCAAGGAAUGGGUUUUGAAAGAGGCUGGGGUAGCACUGCAGAAAAGGUUUUGGAGAUGAUGCAUCUCCUCUUGGAAAUCCUUCAAGCUCCUGAUCCUGCUACUUUAGAGACAUUUCUUGGUAGAAUACCAAUGGUGUUUAAUGUUGUGAUUUUAUCUGUACAUGGAUACUUUGGCCAAGCAAAUGUUUUAGGCUUGCCUGACACUGGUGGCCAGGUUGUGUAUAUACUGGAUCAAGUGCGUGCCCUGGAGAAUGAAAUGCUUAUAAGAAAAAAGCAGCAAGGACUGGAUGUCACUCCUAGGAUUCUUAUUGUGACCCGAUUAAUCCCUGAUGCAAAAGGUACUUCAUGCAACCAGCGGCUGGAAAGAGUCAGUGGAACUCAGAACACACAUAUUUUGCGAGUUCCUUUUAGAACAGAGAAAGGAAUUCUUCGUAAAUGGAUAUCAAGGUUUGAUAUAUGGCCUUAUCUGGAGACAUUUGCAGAGGAUUCUGCAAGUGAAAUUGCUGCUGAGUUACAGGGUGUUCCAGAUCUGAUUAUUGGGAAUUACAGUGAUGGGAAUCUUGUUGCAUCCUUAUUAGCUCACAAGUUGGGUGUCACACAGUGCACCAUUGCGCAUGCCUUGGAGAAAACAAAAUAUCCAGAUUCUGACAUAUACUGGAAAAAAUUUGAGGAUAAAUACCACUUCUCAUGUCAAUUUACUGCUGACCUAAUAGCCAUGAAUAAUUCAGAUUUUAUAAUAACCAGCACGUACCAAGAGAUUGCUGGAACGAAGAACACUGUUGGUCAGUAUGAGAGCCAUACAGCUUUCACUCUUCCAGAUCUAUACAGAGUUGUUCAUGGGGUUGAUGUUUUCGAUCCUAAGUUCAAUAUUGUCUCUCCCGGGGCAGAUAUGAGCAUUUACUUUCCAUACUUCGAGAAGGAAAAAAGACUGACAGCCCUUCAUGGUUCAAUUGAAGAGAUGCUAUAUGGUCCUGAGCAGAAUGACGAGCAUAUUGGUACACUAAGUGAUAGAUCGAAGCCCAUACUCUUUUCCAUGGCAAGGCUUGACCGAGUGAAGAACAUCACGGGGCUGGUAGAGUGUUAUGCUAAAAACAACAAGUUGAGGGAACUGGUAAAUCUUGUUCUGGUAGCUGGUUACAAUGACGUGAAGAAGUCCAAUGACCGAGAAGAAAUUGAAGAAAUUGAGAAGAUGCAUGAACUUAUGAAAAAAUACAAAUUGGAAGGCCAGUUACGGUGGAUAUCAUCUCAAACAAAUCGAGCACGUAACGGUGAGCUGUAUCGCUACAUAGGUGACACAAGAGGUGCUUUUGUGCAGCCUGCAUUUUAUGAGGCAUUUGGACUUACAGUGGUGGAGGCCAUGACCUGUGGACUUCCAACAUUUGCUACUUGUCAUGGUGGCCCUAUGGAGAUUAUUGAAGAUGGUUUAUCUGGGUUCCAUAUUGAUCCAUAUCACCCUGAGAGAGUUGCUGCACGUUUAGUAGAUUUUUUUCAACAGUGCAAGGAAGAUCCCAGCUAUUGGGAGAAAAUUUCUGAAGCAGGGCUUCAAAGGAUCCGUGAAAGGUAUACAUGGAAGAUUUACUCUGAAAGGCUGAUGACAUUGGCUGGAGUUUAUGGUUUCUGGAAGUACGUUUCAAAACUGGAGAGGCGUGAAACCCGACGAUAUAUUGAGAUGUUCUACAUUCUCAAGUACCGGGAUUUGGUAAAAUCAGUUCCUCUGGCAAUUGAUGAAGCACACUAAAAUCCUGGUGCUCGGGGAAUAUGUAAUUAGAAAAGCCAGUGACCCUUUCCAGUAAUUAAAUAAGCUUAAGUUGUUGUUUAUGGAAAUGGAAUAUGAUUGCAGUUACAUGGAUGGCAAAUGGAAUGGGCUCUUCCUCCAGGGCUUUGUAUUUUAAAUAUUAAAAAUGUCAAUAAAUGCCAGAAGCAUCUUUAUUGUAGUGAA